AAUGACGUAAUUGAAUUUAGAAGUAUUCGACGACGAUCUUCCUGAAACUCAUUUCGUAAGCCUGCCUUAGAGUCUUAGACGACGUAAUUACCGCUAAAUAUGACAUUGAAUCAAGCAAACACGAAAGAUGGAUCCCUUGUGUUGCAAGGAGACCGUGUGAUCAUAGUUCAGGAUGGAGUGGAGGCCUCCUUUGAAAAGAGUCCUAUGAUGGAUCACUUUAAAGGAACAAAGAAGGGCAAAGUCUAUCUCACGUCACUUGUGAUGGCCUUCGUCCCCAAGUCUGGUCUGAUGAAAUCCCUGGCAGUCCCAUUUACCAACCUGAAGAACCUUGAAAUCAAGCAACCCAUGUUUGGAGCUAACUAUCUCGCUGGCAACAUUGUGGCGCAACCUGGAGGUGGCUUUGAAGGUCAGGUCAAGUUUAAGUUGGUGUUUAAUAAUGGAGGUGCUAUUGAUAUGGCACAGGGUCUAAUGAGAGCCGUCAAACGAGCACAAAACGCCCCUCGCCCUGCUGCCACCCCCAAUCCACAGCAGCAGAUGUACCCCGCCCCUUACCCAGGGGGUUACCCCCAGCCGUCCAUGCCCCCUCAGCCUCAGCCUGGCUACCAGAACGGUGGAGCUUACUACCCCCCUCCUCAGGGUGGGAUGUACCAGCAACCGACCGCUCCCUACCCCUCACCAGGUACCGCCUACCCCCCAGGUCAACCUAUGCAGCCGCCUCCACCUUACUAUGGAAGCGCCCCUCCUAAUGUUGGAACAGCGCCCCCUCAGCCAGCUUAUUGGGAUCCUAACUCACAGAAUGUCUACAUUCCACAAGCAGAACCGACGGCUCCCCCUCCACCAUACACAGAGAAGUCGAAGACGGAUUAAGCCAUCACUAUCCAAAACAAAUCUUUGAUUUGUCAUCUGUGAUUCUACAACUCAGUGGUGAUUAUUUCAUCUUCAUUCAAAUUAAACACUGAUCAUGUUUAGGAAGGCACCAUCUUGUAUUGAGCUAGACCAAGUUCAAUCUUGUCUGAUGAUACAAACCCUAAUGUGACAUAGCGUCUGUUUGGAGCUAGAAAGGAAGAGUAAAUGCCCUUCUGGCCUAAAACAGAUAAUAUUUUAUAGAGUGCUGGGCUAGUAGGAGAUGGAUGCUAAUAUGAAGCUUCUACAUAACAUAGCAGUGGCAGCUGUAGUCUGUUGCUGUUGGAAACACAGUUAUUGUAUAAAGUAAGGGUGUUUGUUAACAAAGUAAAAAGCCGAACUUGCAUGUUUGUAUUUCAGGGAAGUAGUCCUACAUUUAGUUUAAGAUCACUCGAAAAUGAAAACAUGCACAUUUGCCAUUUUGAUCAAUAUAUAUUACAUAAUUCUUUAUUUCACUGUGGAUGCUAGGAAAUCAUUUAUUGCAUUGAUUGGUUGACCAUUAAGGGUUACCCAUAGAUAGGUGCUCCUGCUUGUUUCAUGUGGGCCACAUGUUAUGAGUUAUAAAGCUCAUAAACAAUGAUUAUUUUGGGCAACAAAAAGCUUUAAUGUUUAAUCAUACAAUUUGGUUAUAUACAUUUCAUGUACAGAUAUAAUUAAAAGAAUCUGAAGCAAUGCUCCAUUUUCAUUUAACGUGUUGUAAUUUGCCCUCAGUGCAGUUGCUAUUUUAUAUGUAUAUAAUGAUAGUAGUGUCAUAUACACACAAAGAAGCUAUGUAUUGAGGCAGUCAUUUUAAAUAUUGUUUGUCUGCCAAUGCAUGUGUCUCUUCUCUUCUGGUUAUAUCUCUCUCUUACUCACUUCUCUCUCUCUCUCUCUCUCUCUCUCUCUCUCUCUCUGUCCCCCCAUUCUCUUUCUUUCUUUCCAUGCAUGUAUCUUCAUCCCUUUAUGCUGUUAUUUACCUCAUUCUAUUUAGAGUUGUAUUAGGAAUCCAUUUAUUUUAAUCUUUGCAGAGUUUUAUCACAUCUUCAUAUAUGUUGAUUGUGAAAAGUAUUUCUGUAUACUGAUUUAUACAAUACCAUGAUGUAUAGAGAGUUUCUAUUUAAAGUGAUAAAUGCUAUUCAAUUAUGAUUUAACCUUAUUUAUGUUAGAACAUAAGACUUGGCGAUACUCUAUAUAAUUAUGUGAGCUAUACUCUGUAUGUACACGGCUUUCUAUCUAUCCUGAUAAUGACAAGAAAUCAUAAGUCCAUCUCUGAUGUUUGAAUCAUUCCUGAACCCCAGUCCAUAUAGUGUUGUUCUUUCAAGCUGUCUACUCAUACAUAUCAAGGCUUUUAAUUAAUCAACUGCUCACAGAUAUGGGAAUUGGUAGUAAUGUAUGGUCAGUUGCCAUGUUCGUGCAGUUGUGCUCUGUGUAUAGGGGAAGGGUAUAUAUAUAUGCACUUGGAUGCAAUGGUAACUGAAGAAAGGCUAUUGCUUCAUCUGUUUAUUCUGGUGAAUGUCCACCAGCAUCUAGCAUAGUUUUGUUUCCUUGUGUAUGAUGAAGUAAAUUCCAUUUUAUGAAAGAAUCCCAUAAUUCAAGAUAUAUAUACAAAAAUUAAAAUAUCAAUCAAAUUUGUAAUAUUAGAAAAGCAUCUAUAUUUUAUUCAUUCUAUAAGUUUGGUAUAUUCUUGUGGGAGCUCAAAUUAUCAGAAGCAUCAAGAUCUUGUUGAGAGUUACAAACUUUUGAGAGUAAUAUCUCCACAUCUUGCAUCCUUGCGUAAAUUUGAGUAUUCAUGAGCAAUGUUAACACAUCUAUAUUCCUCCUUUGAAGUAAUGAAAAAGGCCCUCUAGUGGCCUUUUGCAUGUAGUUUGGUAUUUGAUGCAGAGGGGCACGUUGGCUCAUGCUGUACUUUUCCUUGAAGUGCUGCAGAUUUGGAAUUAGUGUAGUUGUUGUGACAGAUAGUUAUAAUUCCGCAUAUUAGGUUCU